UUUACGGCUGCCGUGCUUGUCGUCUCCGGCGGCAUGGACGCGGAGGAGCUGGAGAGGGAAGCUUCGGAGCCGGAGCCCCUGGAAGGGACAGAUCAGAAACCAGAGGCGGCGGAGGGGCAGGAGGAAUCCGAAGAGGCGGCUUGUGGCGCCAAGAAGCGGGUGGUGCCGGGUAUUGUGUACUUGGGCCACCUCCCGCCCCGCUUUCGGCCUCUGCAUGUACGGAACCUUCUCAGCGCGUACGGCGAGGUCGGGCGCGUUUUUUUCCAGCCCGAGGACGGGUUCGUGAGGCGCAAGAAGAAGGCAGCAGCAGCCUCGGCCGCGGGAGGCAAAAAGCGGUCCAGGUACAGCAAGGACUACACCGAGGGCUGGGUGGAGUUCCGGGACAAGCGAGUAGCCAAGCGCGUGGCGGCCAGUCUUCACAACACGCCCAUGGGAGCCCGCAGGCGCAGCCCCUUCCGUUACGACCUGUGGAACCUCAAGUACUUGCACCGUUUCACGUGGUCCCACCUCAGCGAACAUCUUGCCUUUGAGCGUCAGGUGCGCAGGCAGCGCCUGAGGGCCGAGGUUGCCCAGGCCAAGCGUGAGACUGACUUCUAUCUUCGAAGCGUGGAACGGGGACAGCGCUUCCUUGCCGCUGAGGGGGACUCUGCUCGCCCGAAUGGCAGCUGGAGCUUUGCCCAGCGUCCUACUGAGCAAGAGCUGAGAGCCCGGAAGGCGGCUCGGCCAGGGGGACGUGAACGGGCUCGCCUGGCAAAUGCCCAGGACCAGGCUCGCUCCAGCCGAGGACUGCUUGCCAAGAUCUUUGGAGCGCCACCACCUUCAGCGAGCGUGGAGGAACCCUAACCAGUCAGGGACUCCUGAAGGGUGGACAGACCCCUUCCAUUUCUUGGCCCUGCUUCCUGUCUACCUGAUAAUGACUGCUGAUAAGGAUUAUAUUAUCUUUCUAAGACCAGGAGUCUGGCGGGUGCUUAGACAUUGAUGUCUUGUGUUCCUCUGGUCCCCCUCCAACUCCUCCUGCCUGGCUGAGGCACCUAAUUCAUACUAGCAAGAGUGUGACUACUGCGAGAUGCCAAUUUUGUUUGAUUUUUGGCUGUCCGCCUCCUCCCCAGUGAGAUCCUCUAAAAGUCCCACUUUCUGGACCCAGGAAGAGCCUUUACUUCAAGCUAGAGUGAUAAUGUCAAGUCCAGGCAGCUCUUCUACCAACUGUAGUUGAAGGGCAGCAGCAACAUCGGUUUUGUUUAGCAAAGAUUAACAGGGCCAGGGGUUAGUGGGAUGGGACUGGGUGGGGAGCCACCUUCCAAAUGCAUGUAAAGAAAAAAAGUGUGUGUUUAUAUGCCUUUGUAGUUUAUUGGGGGUGGGGGGCAUUUUAUAAGCUCUAACUUCUAUCUUCUCAUGUCCUGUUCAUUCCCCUUAACUUCAUCUCCUGGUCUCAGAGCCACCAUUCCUCUCCCACGCCCCCAGUUCAGCUUGGACCCUUUUCUAGCUAUCAGAUUAAUUUCUUAGCCCAUUUUGUCAAUUAUCUAGUUCAGCAUUUAUUAAGUCACUAUAUGAGGACAUAGGGAUAGUAGGUAAUGACACAUGGCCCUUGGUGUUAAGAGUUACCACUAGAAAGAGACAUUUAAGAAAUUUAUUUCUUAGAGGUAUUGCAGGCAUCAUGGUACAUGUAUAUAAGGGGUAGAGUAGGGGCCAUGGGAGGGCAUGGUUGACUCUGUCUGGGAAGGGAAGCAGUGCUUAAUAUGGAGCUGAUUCCAGAUAACACGCUUCAGAGAUGGGGCAGUUUUCACCAGGUUUUCCAGAUCAGUCCUGAAAAGUGAACAGAAGUCUGACUGAGCCUGGUGUAGUCCUGUUUUUGGAAACAAAGGUCUGUGGAUGUAGUGUUGGGUUCAAACCAUCGUAAAAGUAGGCAAAGCCUGGGAGGUAGUCAGGCACAAAUGAUGCCCCACAGGUGCACUUCUGUGAAGUAGGCCUUAGAUGAGGGAGGGUUCAUAAGCAACAUGCAGAGCAGCCCUGGAGGCCACAAAGAAUCUAUGUAAGCCCCUAAGAGAAACUGAAAACUGGUGUCAGAGUAAACUAAACUAAAUUACAAAAUAAAUAAAAUAUAUAAAUUAAAGCUGGUCGGGCACGGGGCUGGCUCAGUUGGAACAUACAACUCUUGAUCUUGGGGUUGUGAGCUCGAGCCCCAUGCUGGGUGUAG